AUGGCUUGUCAUGGCCAAAGAUUAAGGGUCUUAUCAAUCUCAUUUAUUCUCAUCCUAAUUAUUUUCAUUUCCUUCAAUGAGUUUUUUUCUGAUGCAUCAUCUCCAAAGCAAAAGAAAGAGCUUAAAAGUGUCAGAUUUGUUCAAAAAGGUCGGCCUCCUUAUAUAGCAUCAUCAAGCCCCGUGCCAUACUUUAGUCAUCUCCAAACAACUGUGGAGCAGGAUUCUAGCUCAUCUUCAGAAGAAGCUUCAGAAAAGGGUGCGUCUCAUUCAAAAUCUACUCAGCCAAAAUAUAGAUUUGUUCACGCCCCUGUAGGAUAUGAAAAGUCUACGGAAUCAUUGUUGGCAGAAAUACAAUCAUUGAAGGAGAUGAAUGAGAAGUUAAGUGAGGAAGUCAAAUCUCAGGCCCAAAAGAUUAAGUCUUUGAUGUCCGAAAAUAAGGAUCUCAAAGGACAAAUUGAAAGUGAAACAAAGAAGGCCAAUUCCUCCAAGUCUAAGUUAAGGAACUUAGAUGAUGAUAUAAAGAAGAAAGAAAAGCAAAAUAGUUCUUUGCUUGCCAUAAUAACACAAAAGGAUAGGAUUAUAAGUGAACAAAAAGGAGAAAUUUUCUCUUUGGAACAGAAACUCAAAGAAAAAGAUCUCAAUUUGGAAAAUAAAGAAAAGGCUCUUUUUGAAAUGGAAAAACAAACAAGUCAGAACAUUCAACAGCACAAAGCAAAAGAAGAAGAACUUAUAAAAAUCAACGAACGCCAAGAAUCAGAUGCACUCAAACUCAAGGAAAAAAUUGACUCUCUUUCCGCAACUGUGGAUGAUUUCUUUGUAAAACAAACUGCACUAGAAAAUGACAAGAAACAACUUGAAGACAAAUUACAGGAAAUGACGGACGAGAGAGAUAAAGCCAAGAGUGCCCUGAACGACUGUCUGGAAUCCCUCAAUACCAAAGAAAGUAAAACUGAGCAAGAGAAUGUUCCAAAAGAUGUUCAACCAUCAAGUACAAAGAAAACUUUGUAUGAUGCUGUUAUAAAGCAAAUGGGUGCUAUUCAAAAAAGAGAAAAAUGGGUCAAAGCUCCUCCACUUAGACGUCCGGAGGGAACUCAAAAAAGAAGUGAGUCUACUCCUGAAAUAUAUAAAGUCUUCAAAUCAUUGAAAGAAAAGGAAGAAAAAGAUUUCGAAGCCUUUGUUGUCGAAAACGGUCUACAAAAUGAAACAAAAGAGACACAAAAAGAACAAUAUAAAAAGUUCAAAGAGAGAAAUGUUUCCCCAUCUCCCAAGGGAAUCCAACAAUUUAGUCGCUUUAGAAAGGAGAGUUUUUCGGAUUAA